UCCAAAAUUAGAGACAGAGUGAGAAAAAGAAGAAGAAGGGAGAGAGAGAGAGAGAAAGAAUGGCGAAGGCACGGACGGUUGGGGUGGGAAUGGACAACUCUUCAACCAGCAAAGCAGCCCUUCGAUGGGCCGUUGAUAAUCUAGUGAAGGGUGGAGAUCGCAUCCUCUUGAUUCAUGUUCUAUCUCCCAAGUCUGAUAAUGUCCAGAAGCAGCUUUGGGAAGAAACUGGAUCACCUUUGAUUCCUCUUGAAGAACUUAGAGAGACUACAGUUGUAAAGCAGUAUGGACUAACCCCAGAUUCAGAAGUUCUUGAUCUUCUCGAUACAGUCUCGAGGACAAAAGGGGUCAUAGUGGUUAGUAAGGUGUAUUGGGGUGAUCCAAGGGAGAAGCUGUGUGAUGCUGUCGAAGAUCUCAUACUUGAUUCCCUUGUGGUUGGUAGCAGGGGCUUAGGAGUCCUUAAAAGGGUUUUGCUUGGGAGUGUGAGCAAUCAUGUGGUGGUGAAUGCCACAUGUCCAGUCACCGUUGUUAAGGGGACACCAGUAUCCAAGCCCUAGUCCCCCCCCCCUCUUGUGGGAGUUUCUCCUGGUUUAUGUUCAUUAUAAGAACUUACCAUGCGAUUCUGUUUGGUGG